UACAGUAAAAUAAGACCGGGUCUUACAUUAAUUGCUCCCAGGGAACAUUUGAUGAUGUCUAGACACAUUUUUGAUUGUCAUGACCGGAGAGGUGUGGCUGGUAUCUCGUUGAGAAGUAGUCAAGGACACUGUUAAGCAUCUUACAACGUCCGGGUCAGCCCGUCUACACACCGAUACUCAGCAAUUCCAAUUAGCCUUGUUUUAGUAUAUCACUCUCAAUCACGGUCAGACAGCCUAAGAUUACCAGACAGCGCAGCAGAGCUUCCAACAGAAAACAGACCAAGCACAAACAAACAAAAGCAGUUUGGAGGAAACAGGUAUCUUGAAGCAAAAACAAACAAACAAACAAAAAAACUUGUCAGGAACAAGUGGUUGAAUCGUAUUCGAUCCCGAUUUGAUUCUUUUCGCUAUAUAUAACUGCCUUCAAGUCAGAAAAUUCCCUUAACCUAUAGACUUGACUUAAAACCUACUGUCAUGGUUACUGCUAACGAUAUGAUCGGGCCCAUCUAGUCACUGGCAUCAGGGCUGGGGUCACGGAUGCUCAGUGGGCUCGUGGAGGCCUGGGUGACGAGGGACUUGACGUCAUCAGAAUGAUUCUUAUUGAGGACUUGACCAAGUGAGUGAAGGAGCUACAAAGAUGGAAAGAGAGAAGUUAAAAUAAACCUUAUGGAGCAAUACCAGAAUUGCUGAUAUCGAUGUGAAUUUAUGGUUUCCUUCAUGAUGAGGUGUCAAAAAUGUCAAGACCAUGAAAGCACUGAGGAACUGUUCCAGGCCGAAGCUAAUGCAAGAUGAUAAAUGCCAUGAAUAAUCCUAGAUUUUAAAAACUUAUGAAGGACAUUACUGGGACAACUGAUGAACUGUGAAUAGGGUCUGUGGAUUAGAUGAUAGUGUUGUGUAUCAAUGUUAACUUCUGAAUUUUGACGGUUAUAUUAUGGGUGUAUGUGGAAGUGUGUUAUUUUUGGAAAAUAGACACAAGUUUAUAUAUAAUUAAGUGGGUGAUUAGGUAUCAUGGCUGCAACUUGUUUUUAAAUGGUUCAGGGGAAAAAUACUGUAUCAUGUGUAUAUAAAAUGAGAAACAAAAUGAUAGGAUAAAUGUAGCUAAAUGUUGACAAUUAGGGAAACUGGAAGGGAAAAUACACGCAUUCUCUACGCUAUUAUGGCAACUUUUCUGUAAGACUGAAAUGUCAAAAUGUAAAAAAAAAAGAACACGGACAUUGUUUAUAACUAAUAUAGAACAAAUUCCAAGGCAUAUUAAAUGGAAAAAAAAAGUGCAGAAAAAUGUGUAUUAUGCUCAUGUUCCUUUGUGGAAAUAAAGGGGCGGGAUUGUGAGUGUAUUCUUAUAUACGCAGAGUACCUCUAGAAACAUACCAGAAUCUGAUCUAUACCAGUUUCUUCCACAGUUGGAAAAUAGGUGGCUAGAGGAGAAGGAUGAAAAAUAGGUUUUUACUCUCUGAAAAUCUGAAUUGUGUACUACAUGAAAUGAAGUAACUUGAAAAAACAAAAAACAAAACCCAGAAUGCUUCAAUUCAGUGGUUGCCAAAUACAAGUGCCAGGCUGGCUGCUGUAAAAUAGAAGCAUCUAGGGAACAUUUAAACCUAGAUGAGCAGGCAUCAAUUCCAGAAAUUCUAUUUCAGUGAAUCCAGGGUAGGGCUCAGGUAUCAGUAAAAUUUCCCUAGUUAAUUACAAAACAUAGCAUGGUUUAGGAAUUGUUGCUUUAACCAAAUCACCCAAAUCUGAUCCUCUCUAAACCCAAAAUUCUAAGUAGAUGAGGAAAUUAGAAAUACUUUCUGUUCAAUGAGAGAUUAAGAUCAUAACGUAGGGCAAGAAUAACCCACAAGUGAAAUCAGAAAACCUAAACCAGGGGGAGGGGUGGUGUGGAUCGGGCGGGGACAGGAGGGGGCGGAGUGGGGACGCGCAGCGGGAGGGCUGCGCAGAUGAGGCUGGCCCCAGCGCGCGCUGCCCGUCAGUCACCCUGCUCUGCAGCCACUUGCACCAGGAGUAGCCCAAGGUGGCGGCACGGCAGUCUCUGCAUGUCCGUGGCCAUGAGACAGACGUUCAACCAGUUUCUGCACAAGAACUGCAUGACCGACCUCUUGGCCAACCUGGAGGCCAAGACCGCCGUGAACCGAAGCUACAUCGUGCUCGGUGUCAUGGGGCUGGUGGCCUUGCACCUGGUGUUCGGUUGUGGAGCCUCUGUCCUCAGCAACCUGACAGGAUUUGGCUUCCCAGCCUGCAUCAAAGCCAUACCGAGUCCCAACGAAGAUGACACCCCGUGCCUGACCUACCGGGUAGGGUAUGGUGUGUGCAGCAUUGCUGAAUUCUUCUCUGACCACUGCCUGUCAUGGUUCCACUUCUACAUGCUGACAUGCAGCUUCCUGCCGUGGUGCAUGGGCCCCAACCCCUCCAACGGGGCGGAACUGCUCUACAGGUGCAUCAUCCCUCCUUUCUUCCUGAAGCAAGAGUCCCAGGUAGACAAUGUGGUGAAUCACCUGAAGGUCAAAGCCAAAGAGACUGCAGAUGCCAUCACUAAAGAAGCUAAGAAAGCUGCCAUGAAUUUACUGGGUGAAAAAAAGAGCACUAAAGCACUGAUGGAUGAAACCUUCCUGCCCUCUCUGUAUCUUCCUAUUAGAGCUUGAUGUUGUAUUAGGGACUGGUAUAAUCAUUUUAAUAAUGUUGCUUUGGAAACAUUUUUUGAUAUAGUAAAAAAAGGAAUGUGUUGUAAAAAAACAAAAAAACAAAACAAAGAAAAUUUGAAACCCGAGUUUGCACUGACCCCUGAAUAGAAGCCAAGUCAUGUAAGUCACUCUACCUUUGCGCUUUCUUCUUAAGGACCAAAGAUACUGUUGAGGCUAAGGUCACCUGAGUAUUACUUAGUACAGACAAUACAGUCAAAUACUCUGCAUUCUUCAGAAGGAACAUUCUGUGUAAAUAUAUAACAAGAUUACAUAGUUACUUAGUUUUAGUUAAAAAACAAUCAGCUGACACAAGUAGAUACAAUAUCUGUAAAAUUUUAGAUCUCCAAUGGUACGUUCACCUGUGUUCAUUUUAUUAUUUUGUUUUAUAUCUUAAUGUCAACUAUAUUCUCUCGUAUGCCUGUUACAUUAAAACAACAAAACAACAAUUAGUUUAGAUGGUUAGUCCUUACAUUUAAAAAGACAAGUCAAUACAAGAAAACUAAGCAUGACCAUGCCAGCAGUACGUAUUUAUUGUUAUUCAUGAAUAGUCAAAAUACUUACAAGGCCCAUUAUUAUUAAUCACACAUAUGAAAUAUCACUUUGUAACGUGGAGUGAAAAGGACACUUUUAUAUAUAUUUAAAAAAUACAUACACACAUGCUCUCUGUCAAGUGCCCACUGCUACAAAAGCAGGAGGCAUCAAGCUGCAGGAGCUCCAAUAUACAUAACGUUGAAAUAUCUCAAGCAUAAAAAUUGUACUUAAGUUGCAAAAAUAAAGUUUCUUUCUUCAAACAUUUUGACCUGCGCUCAAGCAAAGCAAAUCAUGAUCACCAUUGAUUUUCAUACUAUUUAAUACACUUUAAAACAAAAAGGUCAACAGUUGCAAAAGUCCUAAAAAUGAAGAGGUUAUAGAAAUGAAUAAUGUAUCGCAUCCCGCCACCCCCCAAAGAAAGUCUACAGCAGAUGUUUCAUCCUGGCUCAUUUAAGAAUCAUCAUCUCCUACACUCAGAGCCAGAACCAACAAAAGGAUGAAAAGAAACAUGACUUCAAACAAGGCAUUAUUGACCGUAGUUUUUUACACAAUUUCACUAGUGCAAGGGCAUCAUUUACCUGAAAGAUCAUGAGUCACAAUUAAAGAGCACGCAUACAAAACUAUUUCCUUUUUUCUUUAAAAAGUGCCACAUACUAUAUUUAUCAUUACAAAAAAA